UGGUUUUCUGAAAAGUUUCAUCGCAAACUUAAAUUCACUGCAUUAUUAUGUAUUUUGAAGUUGGAUCUCAUCACUCUUUCAAUCUUUCUCUUCUCACGAUUGUGUGAGAUUUACAGUAGUUUUCCGUUUAUCACGCACGGCGACUGGCGUCUGGCGGCACAUUUGUUUAUCGGGAUCGUGUUGACUGCCACUGUUCCCUUGCACUGGCUUUCGAGCGGAACGAAGAAAUUUCCGUCCUCUCGCGCUGUUUGAUUCCAUUGCAUCAUUUAUAUGGUUAACCCUGCAUUCUACCGAUAACAUCGCAGAAUGGCGGACGGCGAUGUGUGUUGCGUGUUGCAGUGUCCCUUGUCAGAGCCAUCGCGUUCGAUGCGCAGCGUGUGUUUCUUCGCUUUCCCGCAUCCGAGCGACCCGCGCUAUCCCGUCUGGAUUGAACGCACUCUCCGUCCAAAAGGCUGGACUCCUUCCGCAGCUAGUACGAUCUGCAGCCGACACUUUUGCUCCGCGGAUAUCCUCACCGUGCCGUCAGCCGAGGACUGCGAGAAGACGGAGAGACGUCUCAAACACGAUGCGCUGCCGAGUCUCUUCGAAGGCAUCCCGCGCAGCUUGCAACCGCCCGUGGGGUCUGUUCCGCGACCAGACAGCCCGGAAAUCGGCGCUUCGAGUGUCUUGAAGAUGCAUCGCCCAGUCGAAUCCGUUCCUCGUCCAGACAGCCCAGAAAUCGCUGUUGCCAGUUCGAAGAAGCGCAGCGCGGACAGCUGUUUGUCGACUUUGGAACUUCCGCCCACGAAGGCAGCUCGUGUUGAUAAGGAAACAAUCGAACGCUGCACAGCCAGCCCAAAGGCUACACCGCGCAUGGCUGAAGCGUGUGUUGCUCCACUUGCAUCGCCUGCACCGAUGUUGUACUUUCCGUCUCCCGAUAUCCUUUUUCGACCUCAAUCGAGCGACCAAGCGGUUGCUGCCAAACCUCUCCCGCUGCCGCCUCAAUCUGCUGCGGUUGCUCCUUCCUCUAACUCCGCGAACGAACUUGAGCGCGGCGUUAAGGUUGCCUUGGUUUCUCCAUGUUCCUCGGCGAAACCGGCGAGCGCUGUCGUGGAUGCGGAUACUGUGCAAAUUUGCUGCGUUCCUGGUUGCCUGAUUACAUCGCGGAACGCUUCCGGAACCGUCCUGUUUCCCUUUCUGCUGCCUGAUCACGAGCUGUACGACACCUGGGUCAAGCAAAUCCGCUGCACGGCGUUCUGGCAGCCGCAGCCGCCCUCCUACAUCUGCAGCCAGCAUUUCCACCGCUCCGAUUGGGAAGUCUGCAGAAUUAGUGGAAAUAUCAGAAAAGCGCCGUUAACAACCUUGAGGGAUGGUGUUGUGCCGUUUCGAUCCGCCUGUAUUGCUGCAUUCCACUUUUCCGGAGUACGCGACGGAGAGGCUGCGAAAGCGCAGACGAAGGUCUGCGACGUGCGGACCUGUCUUGCGUGUGGUGCUAAACGGAAUGGCUGGACAAAGCCGUCGGAAAUACUCAUGUUCUACCCUUUCCCGAAGGAUAUCCAUCUCAGGUCGAAGUGGAUCAACUGUCUGCCGGAUCUGACCCGACACCAGAUGGAUACGGAGCAGUCGCUGGUGUGCCAGAACCAUUUUGAUGCGGAGGACUUUGAGCUGGGCUCGGGUUGUGGGAUAUUAAAGGCCAGUGCAGUUCCAAAGCGCAGGCCGCGUUUUGGCACCAGAUCUAGACGCAAAAAAGGGGAAGGGAAAGUGGGAAAAAAGAGCGAGGUUUGCUGUGUGCCGGGAUGCCGCAUACCUCCCGAGGAGCUGGGCUCGGGUAGGAUAACGUACACGCGUUUUCCCGUGGAUGAGGCGCGUCGGGAUAAAUGGAUAAGCUGCAUGCAGUGUGCAGUUUCCUGGGCGCCAUGUCGAGGAGACGAUAUGGUGUGCAGCCGGCACUUCACCACUCGAGAUUUCCCACAAAGUGUAGCGAAAAUAAGGCGCCUCGCCUCAUCCGGUCUAAAGCAGAGUGCCGUUCCAUCACAGCUGGAAUGUGUGGAAAAAUUCCGAACCCCAAUUAAUCCAACAAUUCCCCUUGAUGAAAUACAGUGCUGCUGUAUAUGCGGUUGGUGGCGGUCGACAGAACUAUGUAAACGGUCGGAAAGGCUGACAUUUUUUCCCUUCCCCAAACUGACUGUGCAGUGGAAGCUUUGGAUUGCGGCUUGCCGAGAAUUGAAUCCCGAGUUUGUGUUCUCUUUUGGGUUGCUGGUGUGUGAAAAUCACUUUAAACCAGAGGAUUGGAGGUGGCAGACAUGGAACACGUCUAAACUGAUUUUAAAGCCCACUGCGGUGCCCCUCCAUUAA